CGUUUAUCUGUACCAUGCCGUGGACUACACGUAGUAUUGUGGUUCCGGUUUGAGUUUUUUCACGGUAAUUCUGUUAUCUGUGGUCGAUACGUGCGCUGACCGCGAACUUGUGUUUUCUGUGCUUGUAUUAACGUUAAUCAUAGUGAUAAAGCCAGACGCUUGAAAUUGAUCACAGGUAUUUUUGAAACUUGCUAAAUGUUGGUGAUCGCAGCUAGUACCUUAGAAAAUAUCGGUUGCGAACAAUUAUAUUAUUCAAAAUAAGCACGACAUCCAAUAUAAUGCCGUUGGCGACUUUGACAGUACCUUGGAAUCAGCAACAUGUAACCGAAAAGAGCACAGAAAUCCUACCAGCAGAAAAUCAGGAAGAAUCCAUGGUUAUGAAGGGCAGCAUGAUUGAACCACGAUCCAAUGGCUGUUCAGAGUCGCAUGAAAUUGAAGUACGGGAAGUCGUUCGAGAUGGACAUGAGAAGGCUGAGCCUAAUCAUUUUGAACUCCUUAAAGUUCUUGGUCAGGGCUCCUUUGGAAAGGUUUUUUUGGUACGGAAGGUAGUAGGUAAAGAUAGUGGUACUCUUUAUGCCAUGAAGGUGCUUAAAAAGGCUACUCUCAAAGUUCGUGAUAGAGUGAGAACAAAAAUGGAACGAAAUAUUUUAGUGGAUGUUGAACAUCCGUUUAUCGUCCGCUUACACUAUGCUUUUCAAACGGAAGGCAAAUUGUAUCUGAUCCUCGAUUUUCUUCGCGGUGGAGAUCUCUUUUCACGUUUAUCAAAAGAGGUGAUGUUCACUGAAGAUGAUGUUAAAUUCUAUUUAGCGGAAUUAGCUUUAGCCCUAGAUCACAUACACAAACUUGGCAUUAUUUACCGUGACCUUAAACCUGAAAACAUACUAUUGGAUACUGAUGGUCAUAUAUCGCUGACCGAUUUCGGAUUAAGCAAACAGCCAUUAGAUGAUACAAAAACAUAUUCCUUUUGUGGAACUGUUGAAUAUAUGGCUCCCGAAGUCGUCAAUAGAAAAGGGCAUUCAUUUACGGCCGAUUGGUGGAGUUUUGGUGUUCUAAUGUUUGAGAUGCUGACCGGGGCUCUUCCGUUCCAAGGCACGAAUCGCAAAGAAACCAUGACACAGAUACUGAAAGCAAAACUGGGCAUGCCACAUAACAUUUCUCCUGAAGCGCAGGCACUAUUGCGAGUGCUCUUCAAAAGAAAUCCAGCCAACAGACUUGGUUCAGGUGGAGUUGAGGAAAUAAAAAGUCACGUAUUCUUUGCAUCCAUUGACUGGGAUGCACUUUACAGAAAAGAAAUAAGGCCCCCAUUUAAACCUGCUGUGAGUCGAGAGGAUGAUGCGUUUUAUUUUGACAGUGAGUUUACCUGCAAAACACCUAAAGAUUCACCUGGAAUACCACCAAGUGCAAAUGCCCAUGAACUGUUUCGUGGAUUUAGUUUUGUCGCGCCUUGCCUUCUAGAAGAACAUACCAAAGGACAGACUGAAUUUAAAACAUGUGAAAGUAUUAGUAACACCUUUCCAGCUUACGUCAAUCCUACUUCUGUGACCGACGAGUACGAAUUUAAACAGGAAAUUGGUAAAGGAAGUUAUAGCACCGUUUACUUAGCAGUACACAAAGGUACAAAAAUGGAGUACGCGAUCAAGGUCAUUGAAAAAUUAAAACGUGAUCCUUCCGAGGAAAUAGAGAUCCUCUUACGAUAUGGUCGACAUCCACAUAUUGUUUCUCUGCGUGCAGUUCACGAGGAUGAUAGGCGGGCCUAUUUAGUUCUAGAACUUUUACGCGGUGGGGAGUUACUCGACCGUCUACUACAACGGCGCAAUUUUACGGAAAGAGAGGCCGCAGAAGUUACUCAUACAAUCACCAGUGUAGUUCAUUAUCUCCAUGAAAAUGGGGUGGUUCAUCGGGACCUGAAGCCUUCAAAUAUUUUAUACGCAAAAGCAGGAGGUGAUCCGACUACAUUAUGCAUAUGCGAUCUUGGAUUCGCAAAACAGCUUCGUGCUGAAAAUGGCCUUUUAAUGACGCCUUGCUACACGGCAAACUUCGUAGCCCCUGAAGUAUUAAAGCGUCAAGGAUAUGACGCCGCUUGCGAUAUUUGGUCGCUUGGUGUUUUGCUAUACAUCAUGCUCUCUGGGUAUACUCCAUUUCCAAAUAGUCCUGGAGACAGUGCAAGCGAUAUUUUAGAUCGUAUUGGUCCUGGACGCGUAGACGUGGAAAGUGGAGUUUGGUGUCAGAUAUCAAAUGAAGCUAAGGAACUCGUUAGAAGAAUGUUACACGUUGAUCCUACUCGACGGCCUACCGCAGCUUCGAUUUUGAAGUAUCCAUGGAUUGCCAAUCGGCAUCGUCUUCCUUAUAAAAUCUUACCAGAUAUUACCAGAGAUCCACAUAGUUUCAAGAGUGCAGUAGCGGCGACAUACAAAGCAAUGUCAAGCAGUCCGCGUUCGCCUCACGUUGGUCCUGUUGUUAUGUCAGAACUUGCACGUCGAAGAACGCAGGCUAAGCCUACUGGAUCCACUGAAGUCUGAGUGGAGUUUUUCUAUCUUUAGUGAAUAUGCUGUAUACGAGCAACAUUGAAAGAUGAUGGAACUGAGAAGAAUCGAGUAAUGAAAAAAAAGAGAUUGCGUACAAUUAAUGAGUGCCGAAAACAGUGAGAGUAUUGGGUACUCGACUAUGAUAAUCAUUGCCAUUAUUACUGUUAUUGUAAAAUCUGUCACGUACAAAACGUGUGAAUGGCCGCACGUCAGUGACGGUAAAACGUAAUGUGAUAAUUAUUUUUAUUUGUACUUUGUGCUUCUUUAGCGCGAGUAUGUUGGAUGUAUGUGUGGCCAUAUUGAACGGAAAAAUAGAUAGGCGCGAUACAUAGAUCUUUAAUCAAAUUAAUCUAUAUUUUAUUCCAGAUUAAAGAAUGACCUUGCGAGUUCAUCGUACGGUAAUUUCAAAUUUAUAUAUACAUACGAAAAGACUAACUGCUACUAAGAUAAAUCUGUUAUAAUUCGUCCAAUACCAAACAGUCUGUGUUUAUUAUGAGUUCGAUUUUAUUUGAUUAUAUUUUGACAUGAAAUUGGACGUUUAAAGACUUUUUACUUAAUCGCAUUCUAUGCUGUAUAUUUUAUCUGGUGUAAGCAUUGAUUGCGAUAUUGAAGCACCGGAUAUUUAGUUAUUUCUCUUCAGAUAGAAAAAUUCUUACCUUGUAUCAUAUGUUAUAUCGGCAUGAGUCCAGUCACUGGAUGCACUGAUAUAUAAAAAACAAAUUACCUAAUAACGUUCUAUUACAAUUGUUCGCUCUAUUUAAAUUCUAUUCGUGCAAAUAGAUUUAGUUGAUACACCAGUAACAUUUAGUCAUAAUUAUUUUAAGUCUCUUUUAGGCGAUUUAAAAUUCUUCCUGUAAAUGUCAUUUAGUUCAUAUGAUUCCUAAAGCACUUAUAAAAAUGAAACUUUCGUAAAUCUUACGGUCAAUAAAUCUAUAUAAAUUU